AGGAAAUGGAAAUUCUUUCACGAGUAAUCACUACCCCCGAUUAGCAUUUAAGUACAUGUACUGCGUAUAGUGGUACACGACGAACUUGAACUACCCGAGGUUGCACGAAUUUUUGCGGAGGUAGCCCAUUGUUUUCUUUCGCGUUCUGGAUAUAGCAGAUCGCGACUUCCGUUUCUAUACCCAUAACUGCGACAUACCGCCCUCCCCCCGUAUGCUUCUUCAAGAAAUGUCCGGCAGUCAAGACGAGCGGGAACGCAAAACGAAGAACCAAAACGAAAUAUCCACCACCAGCACCCUUGUUCAGCGUUUGCUCGACGACGAUGCUCUCGCGCUGCCCCGGUCCCCCCGGUCCGGUCCCGCGAGCCGACAGCUGACCCGGGAUGAAAAUAACAGGGGCAACGUCAGCAGCUCCAAGGACGACGACGACCAAACCGAGGACAAUGGACACCUACACGGCCAAACCCGAGGGCGGCGGGAGUCCGCCGCCCAGCGCGCCCACCCGGGGCUCUGGUCCCCGGUGCACCGGGGACGAAGUGGCGAGGCGGGCAGCCCCACGAGUCCGGGCUGGAUGACCGGGGAGGAGGAGGAAGAAGUGUAUCAGAUGCUGCGGGUAUUUUUCAACCAGUACGUGGCCUUUUCCUUCUUCCAGCUCGCCUGCGUGCUGUCCAUCGUCGUGAUCGACGUGGGCUCCCUGAGCGGCCUGGUGAUCGAGUCGGCGACGGGCGAGUCGUGGUUUUCCGAGCUGGACCUCCUGACGUUGUUCAUGUUCACGAUGGAAGUGGCGGUGAACAUUUUCACGUUCGGGAAACGGUUUUUUCAUUCUUUGUUCCACAAACUGGACCUCUUCAUCGUCCUGUUCUCCGACGUCGUAUAUUUCUUGGUGUACUUAUCACAAGGAAAAAACACUGAUCCCCAUCCAAUUUGUCAUGCAAAACAUAAACAUGCAUCAAGUUCAAGAGCAGUGUUAUUAUGUCUCUUGCAAAAAGUGGAUGGGGACGGAUGGGUGUAGUUUUUCUUUUGCCCUGAAUACUACUGCACCAGCCUGUUCGACGAAAAGUCCGUCACGAGAACCGAAGUGAGCGUGGACAUCACGAGGAGUGUAUUGCGGGUUAUUCGGUUAGUGGUGGUCGUCGUGCGACUGAAUGACGCGUUCACGGGGCCGAUGUAUCACAUUGUUGCACAAGUCCCUCUCCCUCUCAUUUGCCAUGCAAAAUGCUCACAGGUGAACGCAGCUUUAUGAUAGCUUCGGCCUGUGGCGCUGGGUGGUGCGGGUGUCCACUACAAAAGAUGCAUUGUUAGCUUCGGGAAGGCGAGGCAGUACUGAUAGAAACUAAGUUUAAGUAGGAAUUUGUCAGGCAAAGCAUGCAUCUUUAUUGAAUUGCUGUGGAUCAUGUUACCGUUCAAAUGAAGGGUAGGAGGAGUUGUUGUGCACUCUCAUACACUGGAGACACUGCACAGAAGAGUCAAAGCUGUACACCGGGCUAACUCGAAGCUGAUAGGAUGAGGCGGCUGAAGUCGUUCACGUUCUAAGUAGUCUGCUGCGAACUUGUCUGUUGAGGCGAAGAUUGAAAUAAAAAAGAAACCCGGCAGUUAUUUCAGUUUUAGUUCACUAGGACUAGCAGUACUAGUAGCAAGAACUACCGAAAAAUCUAGGUUCUUUCAAGAAACCGGUGCGGUCAUGAACAUCACAUGGGCAACUACGAUCGUCUCCUUCCUUUGCCUCGCCGAAGAGGAGACGAAUCUGGCUUGAGUUUCUGAAAAGUCCGCCGCCAUUGCAGCACCACGACGGCAUCGUGAGCCUGCCACUCAUGACAGAACAAAGAGAAACUAUGAUUUGUUUCACACGAGCCUCUGUUUCCAGCUUUAGUAUCGUUUUAUUUUACUUCUCGCAUUUGAAUUUGAAAUCGAUGACUGAGAGCUGCAGCUGUGAGGGAUCAAAGCAAGGGCUUUGUGAGAGGACGAGGCCAGUAGAGAGUUGUUGAGCACGAAGGGUAUUUUUUGUGAGCGGUUUAGGCUUAGGAUUAGCCGAGGCCUAAUUUUUUUUUUGUGCGCUUUGCUUUCGUGUUUCUCAAAUCUGCAUCUUCAAAUCCGCCUGCUAGUCGGGGAUCCGCCCGUUCCACGGGGGAUCCGCCUUCGCCCAGGGGAUCCGCUUGUUACUCGGGGAUCCGCCCGUUCCCCGGGGGCUCCGCCCAAACCCCGGGGAUCCGCCUUCGCCGGCCCGGGGGAUCCGCCGGCUUCCCGCGGGAUCCGCCGGCUUCCCGCGGGAUCCACCUGUUCUCCGGGGGAUCCGCCCGCUUCCCGGGGAUCCGCCUGUUCUGAGGGAAAUCCGCCUGCUUUCCGGGGGAUCCGCCCGCGCCCCGGGGGAAUCCUCUGGUCAAAUCCGGACCAUACCGCCGGGGGAAGCCCUGCCGGGGCGACCCAAAUUGGGCCAGAGGGCCCGGGAGAGGAUCUGCGGGUCCUCGGCCGGGUCCUCUCGGAAGUCCUCUGGUCAAACCGGGGUCGUACCACCGGGGGAAGCCCUUCGGAGGCGGCCCAAAUUGGGCCAGAGGACCCGGGAGAGGAUCUUCGGGUCCUCUGCCGGGUCCUCUGGGAAAUCCCCUGGCCAAACCGGGGUCGUAGCACCGGGGGAAGCCCUUCCGAGGCGGCCCAAAUUAGGCCAGGCGAAAAUGUGCGCCGGUUUGCCGGGGCCGCCAGGUUGCGCGCAAUCCGCAGCCGACUGUGGCGAUUUAAGCACACGAGACGCCAACACAGACGCGGCGCGGUUGUGCACGCAAACAGCUGUGGAGCCCA